AUGCAAGUUAUGGAUAAUGUUAUAAGUGAUCAUAAAUGCAAUAUUGAAAUUAUUUCAUUUCUACAUGAUCAUCUUGGUGUUACUUGUACGGCUGAUUCUGCCAAUUAUUCUGCGAUGAAUGGAAGAUUGGAUAUCAUCCAAUAUUUACAUCAACAUUACAGUUCAGCAGCAUCCAACAAUAAUAUUAAUAUAUGGUCAACCAAGGUAAUGGAUAAUGCAGCAGAAUAUGGUCAUAUUGACAUUGUUAAAUGGUUACAUUUAAAUCGAACAGAAGGAUGUACAACUGAUGCUAUGGAUAAAGCUGCACUAAAGGGUAAAAUGGAGAUGGUUAAAUGGUUACAUUUAAAUAGAACAGAGGGAUGUACAGAGCAAGUGUUGGUAUCACCUCGAUCAUAUUUGAAUACAGUCCUUUAUCUAUUGGAUAACAAACUAGUCAAACCAAAAGAUUAUAAUUAA